AAUACAAUUCUUGGUUUCUAACUUUCUAUAUAUAAACUCUCUCACCAUUGUUUUUCAUGCCCAUACCAAUGAUGUACAAAUCUCCAACUGUUUUCUACACCAUGAUGAUGAUGAUGAUCAUCACCAGUUUUGUGUUGUUAUGUGGAUCAGGAGCAGGAGGUGUGAGUGCCUCAAAACAUGAGGAUAAUAUAGGGAUCUAUGAGCUCAACAAUGGCCACUUCUCUGUCAAACUCACCAACUGGGGUGCCACCAUAAUAUCUCUUCUUCUUCCUGACAAGAAUGGGAAGUUUGCAGAUGUGGUUCUUGGAUACGACUCUGUCAAAACAUACAAGAACGAUUCAACCUACUUUGGAGCUAUCGUUGGACGGGUUGCUAACCGGAUAGGUGGAGCUCAGUUCAUAUUAAAUGGUACCCGCUAUGAGCUAGAUGCUAACGAGCAGCAAAACAUGCUUCAUGGUGGGCAUCCAGGAUUCAGUGAUGUGGUUUGGGAGGUCACAAAGUAUAAAAAAGAUGGCGAAUCACCUCGUAUUAUGUUCACAUACCAUAGUUUCGAUGGAGAAGAAGGAUUUCCUGGUGAUUUGAAAGUAAUGGUGACUUAUUCACUAGUUGGAAAGUUUAAACUCAGUGUGAAGAUGGUAGCAGAAUCACAAAAUAAGGCUACACCCGUUAACCUAGCCCAACACACGUAUUGGAACCUUGGAGGACAUGAUAGUGGCGAUAUAUUAUCCGAAAAGAUCCAGAUCUUCGGGUCACACAUCACGCCAACAAACGAUCAACUCAUUCCUACAGGAAGGAUUGUUUCGGUUAAGGGUACCCUGUAUGAUCUCCUCGAACCUAGGGUCAUAAAGAGCAAAAUCAAAGAACUUACUAACGGGUUUGACAUAAACUAUGUGCUAGAUGGUGAAAAGGGGAAGAAAAUGAAAAGGGUCGCAGUUGUGUGGGAUGAGAAGUCCGGAAGGUCAAUGAGAUUGACCACGGAUGCACCCGGUGUACAGUUUUACUCCGGGAACAAUAUAGAGGACGUGAAAGGAAAAGGUGGAUAUGUAUAUGAAGCGCAUGCGGGAUUAUGUUUGGAGACCCAAGGGUUUCCUGAUUCGGUUAACCAUCCUAACUUCCCUUCGCAAAUAGUUAAUCCUGGUCAAGUUUAUAAGCACCACAUGUUGUUUAUGUUCUCCAUCGACCAAGAAUCAAAAUGAAGUAUGUAAGCUUUUGUUUUUGAAAUAACUGUUGUUUAUAAUGAUAUUGGUAAAUAUAAUCCAUAGCUAGUU